AAGACAAUGCUUACCUAAUAGAUUAAGCUAUACUUUCACGUUUUUUGAAAGGUUAUCCUGGAGUUGAACAUAUUAAGCUCCGAAGCAGUAAUGGAUAUGUCACCGGUUUGGUUAUCAGAAAUUGAAAUCGAAAAUACCGAUCAGAUUUGCAAUCUUUAUGAAACCAUUAAUAACUUCAGUGUUGAUUCAUUCUCCUCACAACACUAUACAGAAAAGAACCAAUCAUCUCACUCUCAACAUUGCGAAAUCAAACUUCCGAAGGUAGAAGAGACGCACAGUAAUAUCACCAGACAAUCUCUAACAUUUGAGCCGAUUCUUGCUACUAGUCUUCCGUCAUCAAACACUUUUACCAUUUCUUUUGGAGAUCUAAAACCUAAAAAAGAAAUCUUCCAUCUUCAUGAUUCAUUUGGGUACGAAGCUUCUGAUGCCACAAAGUUUACCACCAUCUCCAAGAAUCCGGUUCAGACACAAGAUCAUGUUUUGGCAGAGAGGAAGAAAAGAGAAAGGUUGAAUCAGCAGUUCAUUUCUUUAUCUGCCCUACUUCCUAACCCUAAGAAGAUGGACAAAGCAUCUGUAUUGGAAGAUGCAAGUAAUUACAUAAAAGAACUUCAAAAUCGGGUGAAGGAACUCGAGGGAUUAUCUCCUGAUAUUGAAGUUGUGAUGAAAGGAAGAACCGUGUUUGUAAGAAUCCAGUGUCAGAAAAAAUGUUCUUCCUUGGUGAAAGCGUUAACGCAAAUGCAGAAGCUUGGACUAUCGAUCAUCAGUAGCUGUGCCAUGCCUUUUGCUAAGUCCACCCUUCUAAUCAAUAUUGUUGCUCAGAUUGAGGAUGAAUUUGGUGUUACAUCAACCGAACUUGUAAAGCACCUGCAACUCGCUGUUGAACUUUGAUGAAACCCAAUUAUACGUGUUAGUGUUUUGUAUACUUAGCUAUUAACCCAUGUUGUAUUUUUAUGUAAUGCAUCGGCCCAA